AUGCACGACCCUGCUAUCAAAUUGUUCAGUGGCAAAAUCAGAAAAGAAUCUGUAAAUUUUAGAAAUCAGUUUGUGUACAAAUUUGUGAAUGAGGAAUAUGUUGACGACUGGCAUGAAGUAACAGAUGGUGUUUAUUCCUAUGCUUCAUAUUGGGAUACUAGAUUUCCAAACGAGCCUUUUGUUCGAAUUAUUGCUGGUGCAAAGAUUGGUAACCGCAGUCUGCCUGGUGUUAAAUGUUUGUUGCUUGAAGAUGCUACUGGUGUGAUUGAAGAAGUGGAAUCCACUCACAAAAUUCUAAUGGAGCAUCAUUUCAAGGAAAGUAGGGCUGUUUACGUGUUCUGCAAUCCGUCGAACAAGCAACCACCCUCAAUGGUAUCAUUAGUACCUUCAGAAUGGAACAAGUCAUGGCAAUCAAAGCUGAACUGGAUGAAAGUUCACCAAGUAAAAAAUAAAUCAUCAUUUACAAUGGGUGUUUGUGUACGGCCAAUAUUUAAUUAUACAAACAUCUUCCGAAUUGUUGAAUUUAUAGCCUAUUACGAAGCUCUAGGAGCAACUCACUUCACAUUCUACAACCACGACUCAACUGAAAUCCUUUGGAAAUUAAUAAAUCAUUUACAACAUUUUAGUUAUUCAGUCCAAUUGAUUCCAUGGAAUUUACCAUUUGAAAUCAAGGACAUGUGGUCCUUGGGGCAAAUUGCCAGUAUCAAUGAUUGCAUUUACAGACAUAUGGGCAGCAAUUCCUACAUUGCAGUUGUGGAUUUAGAUGAAUUUAUAACUCCACGGCAUGUUAUGAAUGUGCAAGAAUUGCUGUUUUCUCACGAGAAAGCUGGUCGGAGGACAGGUAGUUUCGUCUUUAGGAGUUCUGUCUUCUGUUCUGAGUAUAGACAGGAUGUAUUGCCGGAUUAUAUCCUGCCAUUCAUCACACAGAGUAGUGUCAGAAGGGAAAACUGGAUAUACCCUUUUCUUGUGCGCACAAAAUAUGUUGUUAAAACAAUUGAAGUUGUGAUGGCAGGAGUUCAUCAUGUAUGGGAGCUUUUGCCUGGGGCAGAAGAAAGAUUCGUACCAGCAAGUCAAGUCCUUGUACAUCACUAUAGGGCUCAUCUUUGUCCUGCUAAUGAUAUAUAUCGUGGAAAAGGAGAGGUAGAUCCUAUAUCUAGGAAAUAUCUGAACCAUUUGUUGAGAUCUAAAGUCAUAUACGUCUGGAGGCAGAUUACACAAAAUGUAAACGAUGAGUUUUCUUAG